AUGUCAGCCAUCAUGGACGUCCGCUCGACGCUGGGGGCCGUCUUCAUAGGCUGUCUCUUCUCUGUCGCGUAUGUCGAGCCACCUCCUGUCUUUCUCCUGGCUCCUCCUGACCCUGCUUCCUCCUCUCGAAAAAGCCUUUCGGCUGUCCUCGGCAUCCAGACGUUCAUGUUCUUUCGUAUGUACCCUCAUGAUCUGCCACGAAUCAAGUUGAUGGUCAUCGCCGUUUGGGCCCUCGAUGCGGUCCAUACCUCUCUCAUGUGUAUAUCUGCCUGGCACUAUCUCGUUCUGAAUUUUGGAGAUGCGAACAUUGUGGAUAACAUACCCAUCACACUAGCAUGCACAGUUGCGUUCACGGCAAUCAUCACGUUCAUUGUUCAUCUGUUUUUUGCACACAGGGUAUUGCGUUUGAGCAAGGGAAAUUGGGUUCUGACCACACCUCUGAUUGUCCUCACUUUUAUGCGACUCGUCGCCGCACUUGUCAGUACGGUUGAAAUGUCAAGGCUUCAGAGUUUCCACAAUUUCACAGAUAAAGUCGGCUGGGUAUUUACGCUCGGCCUAUCCAUAUCAUCCGCCCUCGACAUCUUGAUUGCAAGCUCGUUGUGCUUUUACCUGCAUGCCAAUCGCACAGGCUUCGGAAGCAUGGAUCAGGUGAUCGAUGUGAUCAUGCUAUACACAUUAAACAACGGAGCCCUUACUUGCAUAACGACUGUGAUUUCGAUGAUUUGUUGGCUCACGAUGUCCGAUAACCUCAUCUGGCUUGGUCUCCACUUCGCCAUCAGCAAGUUGUAUGCCAACUCUCUCCUCACGACACUCAACACUCGCCGAUCGCUUCGCGGGCGGACAGAGCCAUCAGACAGCGACCAUCCGCUGCCUGUCCUUUUCCCUAGUUCAUUCAGCCGUCGUUCACGGGUGAAUGAUCGGUUCAGGACGACAGAACAAGGAGAGGGAGCAGGGGCGACAAAGCUUCAAAUCAGUGUUGAGAAGACCGUUCAGUUUGAUGUGUCCGAGCCCGAACUAGAACACGGAGCGGACGGCCAGCCUUCGGAUGCGCAUUCACAUCCACAUUGACUGCCUUCAUUAUUGACAGUGAAAAUGACACUUCGACUAUAGAUAUUUUCUGCGGUCCCGUGCUUUAUCUUUUGGGAUCUUGGGCGUGAAUAGUGUAUACGGUGUACUUAAUAUGGCAGAUGGUGCGGAACGAUGCACGAUAUCAUUUAUC